GGUGUGAGAAGGCAGCACACACAAGAGCAUGGAAUAGUGCAGUUACAAAUACAGCGAUUGCUGCUGUACCGAACAAGACACCGUCGCACUCAUACCUAGUAUCUGAAGAAAAUGAGCAGGGAAAUGAACAGAAUGUUUCAAUACCCAUCGUAGAAUCUGCACUCUCCAGUGGGUUGCUGCUUGGAAAACCUGUUUUAAAUAAGGUCUACCUGACUAUUGGCAUACCGACAGUGACUCGCCCGACAUCGCAGUACCUCAAGACGACGCUGCAGUCACUGAUCAACAGCUCGGUUGCCGACGACAGACGGGAGGUCGUCAUCGUCGUGUUGCUGUGCGACACGAACGCCACGAACCGCGCGAACACCCUCGCCAUGAUCCGCGAAAACUUUGCGAGCGUCGUCGCCGAGGGCAGCCUCCAGGUGGCGCAGCUGGUCGACGAGCAGCGGUCGGCGACGACGAGCAUCAGCAGGCGCACGUACAACGACUCGGCGGCGCGCGUGCGCUGGCGCUCAAAGCAGGUGCUCGACUUUGCAUUCCUGCUGCGCUACUGUGCGAACAUGUCGCGCUACUUCAUGCUGCUUGAUGACGACGUCGUCGCCGCGCCGGACUUCAUCUCGGCCGUGCGCGAGUUCAUCGAGCUGCAGGCCGGCGACGACUGGGUCGACCUGCAGUUCAGCAACUUCCUCGCGAUCGGGCGGCUCUACCGCGCCGAGUACCUGCCGAAGCUGAGCGCGCUGCUGCGCACGUUCUACGCCGAGCAGCCCGUCGACAUCUUGCUUGAGCACUUCCGCGCGGUAAUGGCGCCCGCGCUCGCCGGCGAGAAGGUCGUGCGCCGGCCGUCGCUCUUCCAGCACAUCGGCAAGGCGUCGUCGCUGCCAAACAAGGUGCAGGACCUGAUGGACGUGACGUACGGCACGGCGCCACGCCAGUUCAACGGCGACAACCCGCCGGCGGUCACCGUCACGAACAUCACGAUGUUUCAGAGCUACCACCUGAUGCUCGCGUACGCGAAGGCGCCCGGAAUGUUCUGGGGACGUGAGGUGAGGAAGGGAGCUGAGAUUUACGUGAUUCUCAAAAGGCCCGUGCCGCUGUCGAGGGUCGUGGUUGCCACGGGCAACAAGGAGCAUCCGAAAGACAUUCUAUACAAUGGCAAGAUGGAUGUUAGUAAGCGAUUGAUAUAUCUGCAUGGAAACAGAGUGCACUGUGAGGAUUUUAACUACGUUGGCUCAUUCGAUGAUGGAUUGCUUGAUAUUACAGACUUCUACAGAAUCUUUCCUUACAGUGUGCAGUGUCUGAGAAUUAUAGUUUUGUCAAACCAAGAAGCAUGGUUGAUAGUGAGAGAGAUAGCAGUAUUUGUAAAAAAACUGCUCACAUGAAAUCAAUCAAAUUUCAAUUAGAUAGCAAUUGUUACAUAUUACUUUUGCCCAAUGUUUGUUUAUGUCUUUUUGUAUAAUGUGCUUUGUCAAAACAAAUCAAUUACAUAAACAUAUACAUAUAACAACCACAAGCAAAUCUAUUGCCAAUUAUAAUAAUCGCAUGAUACAUUAAACAGAAAUCAUACACAGCAGGUGGCCACCUUCACAGAUAAAUACUAACCUUGUCCUCAUACACACUACCGGCUUCCGACGCCUUGUCUCGCUUCCCGUCGGCCUGUCUUCUUUCUUCUUUCUCGUACGCUAUUAUCUCGCAGUGCUUGCUGCUGCCGUGUUGUCAGCCCGUGCACGUCUUAUGGUAAGGGCACACGAGCGUAUUUUAUCGCCCGAUCGCGGCGAAUUUUAAAAUCGAUUUUAAUCGCCCGUACGAAUCGCU